CUAUAAUGUCUGUUGUCGAAGAUAAUAGUUAGUAGGAAGGCAAGACCCGAUACAGUGUAACGCUACACACCCCAAGCGUCACUAUUGCGCAUCUGAAUAGCCCAAGGAACGAUGUAUUGCACAAUGCGCCUGCUUAGCGGCCUGCAAUGAACAAAGCGUUCUAGUUCCGUGAGUUGGAAGACGGCAUAGUAGGGCUACGCAGAAUGCACGUCGCUUCCACUAAAGCUCGUGAUGCUGUGGGCAAGAGAGCUGCAGAAGCGCCUCGACCUUCGCCACUCCCCCACCACCUGCGACGUGCGCCACCACGGCCACGCAACGUUUCCGCCUUGCCUGGUCCUGAGGCGGGCGGUGCUACCAAUGGCAUUGGGUCUGGCUAUGAGGCUGCGGGCGGUGAGCCGGGCGUCCUGCCCCGGGGUGAGGGCGCGGCAGCGCCAUCCGACGGUACCUCAGCCGACCCCGCGACCGCCCAGUCCACCUGGGCGGGCUGGGCCUCCACCUCACACGACCCGCCACAGCCCGUGGUCCAGGACUCAUCACGAGUGCCUCCCGCAGCUCUGGGGCCGCAAGCCGAGUCGUCGCCCGCAGGCCCUGCCGCCGGCACGCCCGGGCUCCAGGCGGGGCGGGGUGCCGCGGCGCCCCUGCAUGGCAACGGCCACGGCCACGUGUACGGCCCAGUGAGCGGCAACGGCAACGGCUCAGGCGCCAAGCUGCGGAACAAGCCAGGUGCCGCAGUGGGUGCCUCUGGGAGCCGCGCUGCCGCGGGGGCGGCGGCGGGGGCGGUGGGUGACGGCGCCAGCGGCCGGGCGUCCUCGCCAGUGGUGGUGACCUUCGUGGUGGCGCAGCAGGCCGUGGGGCUGAAUGAGAGCCUGGCGGUGGUUGGCUCCAUUCCACUGCUGGGCGAGUGGAAUGGCGUGCGGGCGCUGCCGUUGCGCCGCGCCCCCGACAACAGCCACCGCAUAGAGCUGUCGUACGGCCGGGGUGGCGGCGUGUUCAGCUUCAAGCUGGUGCUGGUGGAUCAGGACGGGCGCAUCAUCCGCUGGGAGCCCGGGUCAGACCGCCAGGUCCGGCUGGUGCCGCCUGCGGGCGCCUCCUCCUGCAAUUUCGUGCUGUCUUGCGCGUGGGGCCAGACCGCGGUGACCGAGGUGCAGUGCUUCGCCGCGCUGCCGGGCGGGGAGGGGGCGGAGGGGCCGGGGGCGGGCGGCGCUGAGGUGCUCAUGCCGCCACAUCUGCUGGCCGGCGCGCUGGGCAGCGGAGGGCUUGUGGGCGGCAGCGUCGACAGCGCCGCAAUGCCUAGCGUCGUCGUCAACAUGCCGCCGCCUCCGCCCCCGCCGCCGCCGCCGCCCCCGCCGCCGCCGCUGACGGCUGAGGAGCUGACGGCGGCGGUUCUGGGCGCGUGCAGGGGUCUGAGCCUGGUGGUGUCUCGCGGCACCGGCCUCAGUCGCCAGCUGCUGGGGGCACUGCGGGCCGGUGCGGCCGCGCUGGUGGACCAGCUGGCUGAGGCGGGGGAGCUGGUGGCGGAGGAGGCGGACCCGGCGGCCUACGCGGCGGCCAUGAUGAGGUACGACGAGCGCUUCUACGCGGCCACGGCACUGGAGCAGGCCGUGGCGGCGGCGGCGGCGACCGCGGCGGCGGUGCUGCCCGGGCCGGCCACGGCGUGGGGCGGCAGCGGCGCAGGGCCCGGGGGAGGCGGCGGCGGCGGGCUGCGGGGCCCGCCCGACUGGGCUCACGUGAGUGUUGAGAUGUACGGCCCGGGCAGUGGCGGCGGCAGUAUGGAUCUGGCGAUGGGGGCGGGCGGCAUGGGCGGCAUGGGGCCAGGGGGCGGCUCCAAGGACAUGAGCUACUCGGGCAGCGGCGGCUCCGGACUGAACGGGCGCGGCGGCGGCGUGGUGGGCCGUGUGCCCCGAGUGCUGGUGGGCGGAGCGCUGCUGCUGGCCGGACCCCUGCCCUGCGCCCUGGCCACUGAGCCGCGGGUGGCGGCGCUGGUGGCGGCGCAUGACAACCUGGCGGCGGCGCUGGCGACCAACGAGCAGCUGGCGGCGGCUCUGGCGGCGGGGGCUGGCGGCGGCGGCGGUGGCGGCAGUCAGGCGCUGUCGGGUCUGUUGGCGCUGCCUGGGGUGGGAUCGGCGCUGGCGGCAGCUCUGGCGACUGGGGGCGCAGGCGCGGUGACGGCGCUGACGGCGGGCGGCGGCGUGGCGGAGGCCAUUGCGUCGCGACCGGCACUGGUGGCGGCAGUGGCGGCGGUGCCGUCGUUGGCAGCAGCCAUGGUGCGUGACCCCGGCCUGGCCGCCGCCCUGGCCGCCUCAGAGCCGCUGGCCUCCGCACUGGCCGCCACACCCCGCUUCGCCGCGGCGGUGGCGGUGCGGCCCCACCUGGCGGCGGCACUGGUGCGGGGGCCGCCGGAGCUGGGGCUGGCGCUGGCGGGCAGUGAACAGCUGGCGGCGGCGGUGGCGGGCAACCCCCGGCUGUGUGAGGCGCUGGUGUCACAGCCUGGUCUGGCGGCUGCGGUCGCGGCCUUCCCACAGCUGGCCUCCACACUGGCCACCAGCCCCAGACUGGCGGAGGCGGUGGCGGCGAGCAGCCUGCUGGCCUCCGCUGUGGCCAUCACGCCCGAGCUGGCCGCCACACUGGCCGCCGUGCCACCGCUGUGUGAGGCGCUGGCAGGCGGCUGCCCCGAGCUGGCGGCGGCGGUGGCGGCGGACCGGCGGCUGGCGGGCGCCCUGGCGGCCAACAGGCAGCUGGCAGUGGCGGUGGGCGGCAAUGCGCGGCUGGCGGCGGCGCUGGGCUCGCAGCCGGGCCUGGCGGCGGCAGUGGGCAGCAGUGCGGCCACAGCUCGGGCGCUGGCCAGCAAUGUGCGCAUCGCCAACGCGGUGGCGGCCAACGCCGAGCUGGCCACUGCUGUGGCCGAGAGCCCCGAGUUCGCCGCUGCACUGGCCACCAACGAGGUGCUCACGGCGGCGGUGGUGGCAGACCCACGCCUGGCUGCCACCAUCUCUGCCACCCCGGGCCUGCGUGAUGCCCUUGCCACCAACAACGACCUGGCGUGUGCGGUGGGCUCAAACAAGACCCUGUCCGUGGGCCUGGUGGAGUGUUUUGAGCUCAGGGCAGCGGUGGCCUCCUCCCGCGCCGUGGCCGCGGCCGUGUCCGCCUCGCCUGCCUUCGCGGUGGCCCUGGCCGCCUGUCCCGAGCUGGCCCGGGCGGUGGCGGCCUCUCCGGCCCUGGCGGCGGCGCUGUCCGGGCACUCGGGUCUGGCGGCGCGGCUGGCGGUGGAUGAGGCGCUGGCGGGGCGCAUCGCCGCCAACAAGGAGCUGGCCUACUGCCUGUGCAGUGGUCGUCAGGGCCGGGAGCUGUCAGACCUGUUGGCCGAGUUCCCCAAACUGGCGGCGGCGGUGGCGGAGAACGACGGCCUGGCCUCGCUGCUGGCCCAGCAGCGCACCCUGCGCACCGCCCUGCUGGACCACCCGGACUUCGCGGCGGCAUUCGCGGCCAGUGCGGACCUGCAGGCCGCGGUGGUGGCCCACCCCUCCCUGGCCGCCGCGCUGGGCUCGCCGCACAUGGGGCCGAGGCUGAUGGCGCUGCUGGGCGCGCCCAACAGCGCCCUCCCCGCCGCGGUGUCCUCCUGCGGCUCGCUGGCUCAGGCUCUGGCCGCCUCCCAACCGCUGGUGGCGCUGCUGGGCGCCUGCCCCGACCUGGCGGCCCUGCUGCCGGCCGGACACCUGGGCUUUGCCGACAACGUGGCCGCAGUGCCCGACCUCCCUCGGGUGCUGGCGGCAGGCAGCCACGCGCUGGCGCACACGGCUGCGGCUGUGCCCGAGCUCAUGACCGCCCUCAGCACCCCCGGCUGGCCGCUGUCCAGACACCUGGUGGCCAGCCCCGACCUGGCGCGGGCGGCGGUGGCCACACCAGCCUUCGCGGCAAGGCUGGCUCUGUCCCCUGCGCUGAGCGGCCUGCUGGCGUCAGAGCCCGCCCUGGCACGUGUGUUCGCUGACAGCCCCGGACUGGCAGCGGCGGUGGCGGCCAACCCCCUCCUGGAGGCGCUGGUGCUGGGGGCAGACCCCGCGGAGUCGGCGGCGGCGGCAGUGAUGGCGGCUGCCGCCAGCAGCAGCAGCAGCAGCAGCAUUGAAGGCGCCGGUGGAGCGGGCGGGGCCGUAGCGACGUCGCCGUGGGAGGAGGCGUCGGCGGGCAUGGGCGCCGGCGGCGGCUGGGGCGGCGGCGCUGCAGGGGCCGGCGGCGCCGGUGGGCCGCUGCGGCCGUUCCCCGCGGGCCUUGUGUCACAACCCGACCUGGUGUCGCUUCUGGCUGCCCCCGGCGGCGCCUUCGCGGGUGCCCUGGUGUCCUGCCCCGCCCUGGUCCCGGUGCUGCUGGGCGACAGCCGCUUCACCUCAGCGGUGGCGCGCACGGCGGGGGGCGCACUGGCGGGGCUGCUGGCAGAGGAGCCGGUGCUGUGCAGGCUGCUGGCCCGAGACGGCCGUCUACGCACUGCGCUGGUGGCCAGUCCCAAGUUUGCUGAGGUGCUGGCGGCGGGCGGCAACCCCCUGACUGCGGCCCUGGUGGCGGAGGCGGAGGCGGCGGAGGAGGCGGCCGCGCUGGGUCUUACUAGUGCAGUGGGCAGCGGUAUGCUGGCCACGGCCCUGGGCUCCAGUCCGGACCUGGUCUCUGCCGCUGCCGCCACCGAGGGACUUGCGGAGGCGCUGGCAGCCAACCCCAGGCUGGCGGCAGCCAUUGCGGCCACACCCAGCCAGGGUCUGGCUGCGCUGCUGAGCCGCAACUCCACCGUGGCGGCCAUGGUGGGUCGGGAGAUCGACCUGCAGGCGGCACUGGUCGCCAACGCCCGGUUCGCGGCGGCGGUGGGCAGCCAGAGGGGUCUGGGUGACCUGCUGGCCGCCAACCCGGAGCUGGAGGACGUGGUGUCGGCCAGUGCGGCGCUGCAGGACGCUCUGUCUGUCAACUCCCGGCUGGUCGCCACACUGGCCUCCUGCGCCGAGCUGGCGUCGGCCGUCAUCGCCAGCCGCGGCUUCGCCCAGGAGCUGGCCACCAACCGCCCCUUUGCGGACGCACUGUCCAACAACCCAGCCCUGGCGGCAGCCAUUGCGGGCAACAAGGACCUGGUGGCGGCGGUGGUCGGCUCCCCCGCGCUGUCCGCCGCCCUGGCCGACAACCCCGACCUGCAGCAGCUGGUGUGCUUCAAUGGGGACUUCGCGGCGGCACUGGCGGGCAACCGGAACCUGGCCUUCGUGGUGUCUGCCAACAAGGGUCUGCCGGCCGCCCUGGUGUCCAACGCCGAGCUCACCACAGCCAUUGCCAAGAAGGGCAGCUUCACACAGGCUCUGGCCUCCAACCCUGAGCUAGCCACCGCCAUCACCUCCAACAGCGCAGUGGCGGGAGUCAUUGCGGGCAACCCAGACUUGGCCAACGUGUUUGCAAGCGCGCUGCUGGUCUUCACCGCCGCCUCCAGGUACUCCUUCCUGGCCCAGCUAUCCUCAGGCAACAGGGAGCUCGGCAAGGCGCUGACACGCAACCCGUCUCUGGCCGCCGCCAUGUUUAUGAACCGCCAGCUGGCAGAGGUGGUGUCAUCCAACAAGGCCCUGAUCACGGCCCUGGUGGCCAGUCCGCAGCUGGGCGACACACUCGCCUACAACGAGGAGCUGGUGGCCGCAGUGGCCCGCCACUCGCCCGGCCUGCCCGAGGCGCUGUCCACCUCGCCCCGCUUCGCCGCGCUGCUGGCGGGCAACGGCGAGCUGGCGCGGGCCAUUGCGAGGGACGAGGCGCUGGCGGCGGCCCUGGCCGACGACGGCAGGACUCCGGGCAAUGUGGUGGGGGCGGAGAAUGCGCGGCAGCGGCGGCUGCUGGGCCCAGCCCCUGAUGGCCCUGGCGCCGCCACCGCCACCAUCACAGUGGAUGUGGAGGACGUUACAGACGUAACCCCCGCUGCGGCAGGUGGCGCAGCAGGCGCCUUGGCAGCUGCAGCCGCACCGAGGCAGCGUGUCGCGAGCUCGGCCGCGGGGGCGGAGGUGGUGAUUGGCGCAGUGGUACCGGACGCGGGUGCUGCGGCGGCUGGUGGCGAUGGUACGGACGGCGCUGCUGCUGCGGGCGGCCAGGCGCUGUCUGGCGAUCUGGGUGCUGAGGCCGAGGUGGUGGAUGAGGGCGAGGUGUACUCGGGCAGUCCACAUGGAGGCCUGGCCGCGGCACUGGUGGGCUGUGCCGAGCUGGUGGACGCCGUGCUCAGCGGCGCCCCCGUGGGCCAGGCGGCGGUGCGCAGCCGCGGCCUGGCGGGAGUGCUGGCAGCCACCCCCGUGCUGGCCCGGGCGCUGUGUGUGGGCGUGGGUGGGGGUGUGGGGGCGGGUGCGGGCAGCGGCUCCACCUCUGAGGUGGUGGUGGAGCUGCUGGCUGGUCGUCCGGCGCUGUGCAGCCUGCUGGCCAACGACCUGCAGCUGGCGGGCGGACUGGCCACCAGCAGUGCGGCGCUGCUGGCGGCGCUGCCGGGCAGGCCGGAGCUGGUGGAGUUGCUACUGCAGCCGGAGUCGGGUCUUGGCGAUGCGGUGUCUGGCAUUGAGGGCUUUGGGUCGCAGCUGGCGGAGGACCCCGCACUGGUCGCGGAGCUGGUGGAGGAGCCGCGUGCGACUAUCAUCCGCUGGUGCUCACGCCGUGGCGUACGGCCGCCGCCGCCUCGCGCCAACGACGACGCUGACUCAGCAGCCAAGGCCGCGGCCGCGGGCGAUGCGGACGGCGGGCGGGGCCGCGGGCGGCGCCACAAGCGCGACCCUGUGGCUGACGCCGUGGGUGUGGCGGUGCUGGUGGGGUCUGUGUCGUUCGCGGUGGUUGCGGGCAAGUGGUACGACGGCAACGACCUGGGCACUGCGCUGCAGCAGGACCUGCAGGCGGCGCUGGUGUCCUCCUACAACGACCUGGCCACAGACGGCGCCUCGCUGUCCGCCAUUGGCAGCGUGGUGCUCACGGGCGCGGCGGUGCUGGUGCUGGCGGGCAUGGAGGCGGCGGCCAAUGCGGCGGCGGAGCAGGCUGCGGCGGUGGCUGAGGCUCUGCCCAGUGCGGAGGAGGUGGGGGCGGCCACCGUGGAGGGCGUGCAGGCGGUGGGCGGCUGGAUCCAGGAGACGGCGGCGGCGUCCUGGCAGGAGUUCCUGGAGAACGGCCUCGCAGGAGGCGGAGGCGACGACGGAGACGGAGGCGGCGGAGGAGGAGGCAACGGGGCCACGACUGCUGCCGAGGCGGCGGCGGCGGUGGGCGCGGCGGCGGUGCUUGGGACCAACUCAGCGAACCAGGGCAAGAGCAGCCCCUGGGGCAAGCUGCAAGGCGGCAAGGGCGCUGGUGCUCCCGGUGGCGGUGCAGACACGGAUGCAGAUGACAGCGACGACGACGACGAUGACGAAGGCAAGGACGCACGCGGAGGAGGAAGGGACAGGGCCAAGGGCAAGGCCGAUGCUGCCGAUACUGGGCGCAAGUUUGGAGGCGGCUGGUUCGGCGCUGGUGGUGGCCGCAGCAAGGGCACAGAGUCAACUGAUGGCGGCAAUGGGGGUGCUGGGGAUGGACGUGGCCAGGGGAAGCGCAGCUGACAGGGCAACCCGGCAGAAACCAGUCGGUCGCGCGCGUUUCUGCACUCGGCACCACCAACGUCUCGUGGGGUUAGGGUACUGGGCCAAAGCGCAGUGCGGCCCGAGGGAGCAAAGUAGGUGCACGAGUCGGGUGUCGCGAAGCAACGCGCUGUGAGCAGGCGCGCCGCGAGCGUGCAGGUAUGUCUUUCAUGUGUGCGUGGGUGGGUGAGGGAGGGGGGCGGUAAUUUGUGUUGGGAAUGCGAUUAUUGACCCCUAAUCAGCGUGCAUAUGGUUGCGGCAUGUUUCGAGUACCAUAGCGCAAUUGGGUCCUAGCGACAGCUGCGAGCCGUGUGACACGGGCACAACAGUGCCCAGUCAAGUACACGGAGCAAAUUGCCAGGAGCACAGAUUGGAGGAGCAAGAGUGCAUGCAGUCGAUGAUGAAGGAACAUGGAAGCUGUACACGCAGCAACUGUGUGCGUUAUCUGGUGUAUGUGACGUGGCAUGCAGUGCAACAGGGUAGGUGGGGCGUGAGCUGGGGGCGGGCUGGGGCGGUAGUUCGCAACUCGCAAGCCGUACACUCGGGUUCGUAUCACCAACAGGGGGGUGGGGUGAACUGACCCCGUUCAUGUCGCAGAAGACCCUUACGAGGUGAUUCUUUCGAAGAUACGGUAUUGAGUCUGCGGGGUGUUUGUUGUGUUCAUAUGAAUUCCAUACGCGCGUGGCUGGGCUUUCAUCCUGGGCUGUAAUGCACGCACUGC